AUGGAAGAAGCCCAGCCCAAGACAGUGGAUGGCACUGAGGAGGCUCAGCAUAAGGGUCAACAGGUCUUGGACCCCACCCAUGACAAGAGGAAGCAGAUGGACCUGGAACUGCAGGAGAUCAAAUCCGAGGCAGAGAAGGAAUUGAUGCUAAAAACGGCCAUCAGAGACAAGAAUGCCCUGGCCUCCUGUUUGGAGCAGCAACAGAAGGGAGAAGUGAAGCAGGACCAGUGCGAGCUGCACAGCCAAGCAUCGUCUGAGGGCUCUGUCACCACGGAAGAAGCUCAGCCCAAGAAGGUGGGUGGUACUGAGGAGGCUCAGCAUAAGGGUCAACAGGUCUUGGACCCCACCCAUGACAAGAGGAAGCAGAUGGACCUGGAGCUGCAGGAGAUCAAAUCUGAGGCAGAGAAGGAAUUGAUGCUAAGCUCAACAGUCACACCUUACAUGAAUCUCACUCCCUUCCAAGGUGCCUUACAACGAAUGGGCUCCAGCCUCGGAUAUCUGAGAGACAUUCUGAUGUCAGGAAGAGAGAAUCUUUAUCACAACGAGUCAGGGAAAAUGGAGGAUUUCCUGCAGAAUUUAACACAGCUAUUACUUUUACUAAAACCUUGCCCAAGAGGCUGGAAGACCUUGAACAGAAAAAGCAUGCAUGAAACUAAAGGAGAGGACAGAUGAUAUCUGAUUGAGAUCCAAGACUUAUUUAACCCAAGCCCAGAUACCCAGGAAGAGCCUCAAUUAGUCAUAUUACAGGGAGCUGCUGGGAUUGGGAAGUCAGCGCUGGCCAGGCAGGUGAGGAGAGCAUGGGGGGAAGGCCAGCUCUACAGGGAUCGCUUCCAGCAGGUCUUCUACUUCAGCUGCAGAGAGCUGGCCCAGUGCAAGCAGCUGAGUCUGGCUGAGCUCAUAGCAAAAGACCAGGCUGUGCAAGAAGCUCCCAUCAGGAAGAUCCUGUCUCACCCUGAGAAGCUGCUCUUCAUCCUGGAUGGCAUAGAUGAGCCAGCGUGGGUGCUGGAGGAGCAGAAUCCUGAGCUCUGUCUGCACUGGAGCCAGCCACAGCCAGUGCACACACUGCUGGGAAGUUUGCUGGGGAAAUCUGUCCUUCCUGGGGCUUCCAUGUUGCUCACAGCUCGGACCACAGAUCUGAAGAAGCUCGUUCCUUCUCUCAAGCAGCCUUGUUUGGUAGAAGUCCUGGGUUUCUCUGAGUCUGGACAGAAGGAAUAUAUCUACAAAUAUUUCACAGAGAAAAGAGACGCCAUGGAUGUUUUUAGGCUGGUUGAAAUUUGUUCAAAUUCCUGGCUGGUCUGCACUUGCCUGAAGCAGCAGAUGGAGCAGGGGAGAAACCUCUCACUGACCUCACAGACCACCACAGCCCUCUGCCUGAAAUACAUUUACCAGACUCUUCAGGGUCAUGUCCUGGGGACACAUCUCAGAAGGCUCUGCUCACUGGCUGCAGAGGGCAUCUGCAGAAGAAAGACCUUGUUCAGUGAGAGAGAUCUUCAGAUGCAAGGGUUAGCUAAAGAUGUCAUUACCACUUUCUUGAAGAUGGGUAUCCUUCAGAAGCAGCCCAGUUCUCCGUGCUACAGCUUUGCCCACUUGUGUCUCCAGGAGUUCUUUGCAGCAAUGUCCUGCAUCUUGUGUUUUAAUGACAGGAGAAGUGUUUAUAUGGAAUUCUACAGUAUUGUGCAAACACUGAAGGAAGGCUAUGGAAGACAUGACCUGUUUGAGGCACCCACUAUGCGCUUUCUAUUUGGUCUUUUAAGUCAAAAUGGGAUGAGAAAAAUGAAGAAGAUCUUUGCCUGUAGUUUGCCUUGGGAGGCAAGGUUGUACCUGCAACAGUAUAUCCUGGAUGAAACCCUGCACCAUCAAUCGUAUUCUCUGGGUUUACUCCAUUGUCUGUAUGAGAUCCAGGAUGAGGAGGUCCUGACAGAAGUGAUGCAUGAUUAUCAAGGAACAAGGUUGCAUGCCCCAGUGGAUAUGGCACACCCAGCGUCCCAUAAAGGAGUAAAGUACAUGGUGGUCCAGACAGACAUGGACCUCAUGGUGGUCACUUUCUGCAUUAAGUUCUGCCACCAUGUGAAGAGGCUUCAGAUGAAUGCAGGUGGACAGCAGAGAAAAAUCUUGAAGGACCCCGGGACAGUCCUGUGA